CCCUUCGCGGCGCUCUUUCUCUCUCUCACUGCCCCGUCCUGCACAAGGUUCAAUUCUCAGUAUCAAGAGUUUGAAUUCAAUCAACUGGAGCAAGAACGAUGGGAAGACCUCCUAGUAAUGGAGUUCCAUCUUUUCGCUUCAACGCGUACGAGGUUGCAGAAAUGGAAGUUGUUCUACGAGAACAUGAUAAUCAGAUGCCAACUAAUGAACUUCUCGCUAAUCUUGCAGAGAAAUUUAGUUCUUCCUCAGUAAGGUCAGUAAAUUCUAAGCAAAAAAAGAAACGGAAUGAAAAGCCAGGAAGGAUUGUGGUGCAAAUGAAACAGGUGUGGAAUUGGUUCCAAAAUCGGAGGUUUGCUAUAAGGUCCAAGGGCAUCAAAAUCCCAUCUGCUGUGAGAAAUAUUCCUCAAGAUCCUCCUCCAACUGUGGUUCUUCCUCCAACCGUGAUUCCUCCUCCUACAGAUCAAACAGUAUUAUUAAAUAGUGUGCCGGAUAAUCCUCCGAUGGAGUUUGAAGCCAAGUCUGCUCAAGAUGGUGCUUGGUAUGACGUUACAGAAUUUCUAUCUCAUAAAUCACGUGGGACAGGUGAUUUGGAAGUUAAAGUUAGAUUUAAUGGUUUUGGUGAAGAAGAGGUUGAGUGGGUUAAUGUUGUUAAGCAUGUUAGACCACGGUCUCUUCCGUGUGAAUCAACAGAAUGUGUUUCAGUUCUUCCAGGAGAUCUUGUACUAUGUUUUCAGGAAGGCAAAGAACAAGCCCUUUACUUUGAUGCUCAUGUUCUUAAUGCACAAAGGCGGAAUCAUGAUGUUAGAGGUUGCCGCUGUAGGUUUCUUGUUCGCUAUGAUCAUAAUCUUGCUGAGGAAAUUGUGCCGCUUAGAAAAAUAUGCAGAAGACCUGAAACUGACUAUAGACUACAGCAACUCCAGGCUAGAAGCAAUCCCGAAGCAAUGCAAAAGACAGUUGCGAAAAAAACAGAGCAGACAUGGGCUCCUAGAGGUAAUAAUCUUGCAGUUGCAACAAUGGAAACCAAAAUUGCUCGAGUCGAGAGCAUUACAGUUAGAACAGAUCAUCAACAUAAUAAGACUGAUGUGGAAAGUCGUGGCCUUGAAGUAACCGUGCAAUUUGCUGAACCUUCUUCUCAUGUUGAAGAAACAAGUGAAAUUACUCCAGUCAUAACAAACGGGGUUUUGGCUAAUACGGUCGUGCCACCUGGCACGAUGAGUGAUCCGAUAGAAAAUGAUUUGUCAGAUGAGGUAACUGCUGAUGUCGCGAUGUUUGGUGCGGAGGAAAAUAACCAACCUGAUGUAACUAUCGCGGUUACAACAGCUGCUGAGGAGAACAUUGUGGUAGGGUUUGAGAAUUUAGAAAGUUGUGCUGAACCUUCUUCUCAUGUUGAAGAAACAAGUGAAAUUAUUCCAGUCAUAACAAACGGGGUUCUGGCUAAUAAGGUCGUGCCACCUGGCACGGUGAGUGAUCCGAUAGAAAAUAAUUUGUCGGAUGAGGUAACUGCUGAUGUCGCGAUGUUUGAUGCGGAGGAAAAUAACCAACUUGAUGUAACUGUCGCUGUUACAACUGCUGCUGAAGAGAACAUUGUGGUAGGGUUUGAGAAUUUAGAAAGUUGUGCUGAACCUUCUUCUCAUGUUGAAGAAACAAGUGAAAUUGAUCCAGUCAUAACAAACGGGGUUCUGGUUAAUACAGUUGUGCCACCUGGCACGAUGAGUGAUCCGAUAGAAAAUGAUUUGUCGGAUGAGGUAACUGCUGAUGUAGUGAUGUUUGAUGUGGAGGAAAAUAACCAACUGGAUGUAAGUGUCCCUGUUACAACUGCUGCUGAGGAGAACAUUGUAGUAGAAUUUGAGAAUUUAGAAAGUUGUGCUGAACCUUCUCCUCAUGUUGAAGAAACAAGUGAAAUUGUUCCAGUCAUAACAAACGAGGUUCUGGCUAAUACGGUCGUGCCACCUGGCACGAUGAGUGAUCCAAUAGAAAAUGAUUUGUUAGAUAAGGUAACUGCUGAUGUCUCGAUGUUUGAUGGGGAGGAAAAUAACCAACAGGAUGUAAUUGUCCCUGUUACAACUGCUGCUGAGGAGAACAUUGUGGCAGAGUUUGGGAAUUUAGAAAGUUAUGCCGAACCUUCUUCUCAUGUUGAAGAAACAAGUGAAAUUGCUCCAGUCAUAACAAACGGGGUUCUGGCUAAUACGGUCGUGCCACCUGACCCGAUGAGUGAUCCAAUAGAAAAUGAUUUGUUGGAUAAGGUAACUGCUGAUGUCUCGAUGUUUGAUGUGGAGGAAAAUAACCAACAGGAUGUAAUUGUCCCUGUUACAACUGCUGCUGAGGAGAACAUUGUUGAAGAAACAAGUGAAAUUGCUCCAGUCAUAACAAACGGGGUCCUGGCCACGAUGAGUGAUACGAAAGAAAAUGAUUUGUCGAACGAAGUAACUGCUGAUGUCUGAGAUUUGGUGCGGAGGAAAAUAACCAACCGGAUGUGGCUGUCACGAUUACAACUGCUGAUGAAGAGAACAUUGUGGUCGGGUUUGAGAAUUUAGAAAGUUAUGCUCCAAAGGCGGUCCUAGAAUAGGUGGAUGUUGAAAGUGUACCCUAUAUGGUAUGAUGCAAUAGUUGGUUAGUUUAAUUGAAUUGAAAUUGUUUGAUAUUUUUGUUGUUGAUAAUAUGGUUAGUAUGAAAUAGCUUAUAAUUGGUGGUU